AAAAAAAAAGUGCUUGAAAGAGAAGGGGACAAAGGAACACCAGUAUUAAGAAGAUUUUCCAGUGUGUUUCUGGCGGUUGGUCCAGAAGGAUGACUCCGUUUCUGCUUCUCAUCUGCCUCUUCAUCACAGGCACCUCCAUGUCGCCCGUGGCCCUAGAUCCUUGUUCUGCUUACAUCAGCCUGAAUGAGCCCUGGAGGAACACUGACCACCAAUUGGAUGAAUCUCAAGGUCCUCCUCUGUGUGACAACCAUGUGGAUGGGGAGUGGUACCGCUUCACGGGCAUGGCAGGAGAUGCUAUGCCCACCUUCUGCAUACCAGAAAACCACUGUGGAACCCAUGCACCUGUCUGGCUCAAUGGCAACCACCCCCUAGAAGGUGAUGGCAUUGUGCAACGUCAGGCUUGUGCCAGCUUCAAUGGGAACUGCUGCCUCUGGAAUACCACAGUGGAGGUCAAGUCUUGCCCCGGAGGCUACUAUGUGUAUCGUCUGACCAAGCCCAGUGUCUGCUUCCAUGUCUACUGUGGUCAUUUUUAUGACAUCUGCGACGAGGACUGCCAUGACAGCUGCUCAGAUACCGGCGAGUGCACCUGCGCUCCAGGAACCGUGCUAGGCCCUGACAGGCAGACAUGCUUCGAUGAAAAUGAAUGUGAGCAAAACAAUGGUGGCUGCAGUGAGAUCUGUGUGAACCUCAAAAACUCCUACCGCUGUGAGUGUGGAGUUGGCCGUGUGCUAAGAAGUGAUGGCAAGACUUGUGAAGACAUUGAAGGAUGCCACAAUAACAAUGGUGGCUGCAGCCACUCUUGCCUUGGAUCUGAGAGAGGCUACCAGUGCGAAUGUCCCCGGGGCCUGGUGCUGUCUGAGGAUAACCGCACUUGCCAAGUCCCUGUGUUGUGCAAAUCGAAUGCCAUUGAAAUGAGCAUCCCCAGGGAGCUGGUUGGUGGCCUGGAGCUCUUCCUGACCAACACCUCCUGCCGAGGAGUGUCAAACGGCACCCACGUCAACAUCCUCUUCUCUCUCAAGACAUGUGGUACAGUGGUUGAUGUGGUGAAUGACAAGAUUGUGGCCAGCAACCUUGUGACAGGUCUACCCAAGCAGACCCCAGGGAGCAGCGGGGACUUCAUCAUCCGAACCAGCAAGCUGCUGAUCCCGGUGACCUGCGAGUUUCCACGCCUGUACACCAUUUCUGAAGGAUACGUUCCCAACCUUCGAAAUUCCCCGCUGGAAAUCAUGAGCCGAAAUCAUGGGAUCUUCCCAUUCACUCUGGAGAUCUUCAAGGACGAUGAGUUUGAGGAACCUUACCGGGAAGCUUUGCCCACCCUCAAGCUUCGUGACUCCCUCUACUUUGGCAUCGAGCCCCUGGUGCACGUGAGCGGCUUGGAAAGCUUGGUGGAGAGCUGCUUUGCCACCCCCACCUCCAAGAUUGACGAGGUCCUGAAAUACUACCUCAUCCGGGAUGGCUGUGUUUCAGAUGACUCUGUAAAGCAGUACACAUCCCGGGAUCACCUAGCAAAGCACUUCCAGGUCCCCGUCUUCAAAUUUGUAGGCAAAAACCACAAGGAAGUGUUUCUGCACUGCCGGGUUCUUGUCUGUGGAGUGCUGGACGAGCAUUCCCGCUGUGCCCAGGGUUGCCACCGGCGCAUGCGUCGUGGGGCAGGAGGAGAGGACUCAGCCAGUCUACAGAGCCAGACGCUAACAGGUGGCCCAAUCCACAUUGACUGGGAGGACUAGUUUGUGGCCACACCUGUGUUGGGUCACCUGAGUCCCUGCGUUGGGUGGCACUGCUCUUUGGAGCUUCUCCCUACACCCUCCAAGAACAUCUGCCAGCACCUAAGUUCAAACUUCAUGCUGUGAGUUCAGACUCCCAGCACCAACUCACUCUGAUGGUGGUCCAUUGGGUGGGCACAGGCCACAGCACCGCUGAACAAUGUGGCCUGGGUGGGGUUUCAUCUUUCUAGGGUUGAAAGCUCAACAGUCCACCCAGAAAGAGACUCACCCUAUUUCCCUCAUUUCUUUCCUACAAUUAAAUACCUCGUGUACGAUGCAAUCGGACCAUAAAAUCAGCAGUUGGGUAUAAUAUUUCAAGUUAGAAACCCUAGAAUAAUUAGGCCAGGCGCGGUGGCUCAUGCCUGUAAUCCCAGCAUU